ACAACAUCAAACAUUGAUCACUAUGACAGAUCCUCAAUCUAACUUUUUUGAUGAAUGGUUCAACUUCAUGCUCCUCCACCCUCAUAAUCAUAAUCAUAAUCAAUACUCUUCUUCUUCUUCUUCUAGUCAACAAACCAAUAACAUGUUUGAUAUUCAAUCUCAUAAUCAACCCUCAUCAUCUCCCUUAACCAUAAAUCCUCCUUCUCCUCCUCUUAGAGAAGCUCUUCCUCUCAUUAACAAAUUAAGUCUCAUAAAUCAUAAUCAUCAACAACAACAACAAAAUGAACCCUCAAACACAACAAUAGAACAAGAAGAAUACAAAAGAAUAUUGGAAAGGCAUGGUGAUGACGAUGUUGGUGAUGAAAGUGUUACUUUUUCCCUACAAAUAGGCCUUCCUAGAAUGAAUAGUAGUUCUUCUUCUUCUGAUCUUGGAACAAGGAUGGUCUCAAAUUGUAUACAAAUGGCUGAAAAAGAAGAAACUAAUAUGAUUUCUGAAAACCCUUUAGAUAAAUUGAACAAGGGUCAGUAUUGGAUUCCAACACCUUCUCAAAUUCUCAUUGGUCCUACACAAUUUUCAUGUCCUGUGUGCUCUAAAACUUUCAAUAGAUACAACAAUCUUCAGAUGCAUAUGUGGGGACAUGGAUCUCAAUACAGAAAAGGACCAGAUUCUCUAAAAGGAACACAACCAACAGCAAUGUUAAGGCUUCCAUGUUUUUGUUGUGCACAAGGUUGCAAGCACAACAUUGAUCACCCUAGAGCAAAGCCUCUUAAAGAUUUUAGAACUCUUCAAACACAUUAUAAGAGAAAGCAUGGUAUUAAACCUUAUUUGUGUAGAAAAUGUGGCAAAUCAUUUGCAGUGAAAGGUGAUUGGAGAACACAUGAGAAGAAUUGUGGCAAAAUAUGGUAUUGUUUAUGUGGUUCAGAUUUUAAACAUAAAAGGUCCCUUAAAGAUCAUAUUAAAGCUUUUGGUUACGGUCAUGGUGCUUUUGGUAUUGAUUGCUUGCAAGAAGAAGAUGAAGCUGGUUCAGAAAUUGAACAUGACGGUGGAAGUUCAAUGUGAAAAAAGUUGAUGUGAUGGAUUCUUAUCCAGAUUCACAUACAUUCUACAAAGCGCGAAUACAGGUCGAGAUAAUAAUUUGAAAAAAUAAAAUAAUUAAAUGUAAUCAAAUGUGUCGAUGUCGAACACCGACACAUGUUAAAUACUGAACACGUUCAAUCUGAUAUGUGAGUGCUAUAUAUAUAUAUAGCAUAUAUGUAAUAAUUAUGUUGUAUAUAUAAAUGAGUUUCUUUGUUUGUUGAUGUUUUUGUUGUGUUUCUUGUUUAUACUUUAUGAUGUAGUACUCAUCAACUUCAA